GCUGAAUCCCCUGAAUUAGAAAAGGGAGACUCAAAAGAGAAGAAGACUUGUCCAAAAGGCAGAAGGGCUCGGACUGGUUAUUCUGAUUCCAUCAGAGAAUUGGACUUGGAUUCUUUAUACAUCAAGGCAGAAGGCACACCUGAGUGGUCUGCCAGUAAAGACAUGCCUGAUGACUGCAGAAGUUUAGAAUAUGAAGCUCCUUCUUCCCAUGGUAGUACUUCCGAUUCAGAGUGUCCCCCAGAUGUUGCAAACAAUGCCCAAUGGCGCGGCCUGCUUCGUUUCAUGAAAAAAGGAUCUCACAUGCGCUUUGCUCAUCCGCCUAAAACUAUUCCCAAACUCACCCGAAGAACAGUUAAACGAAUCAAGGAAGACCUCAUCCCUGGUCUACAUUCUUCAGUUCCAACCCCAUCUCUUGAUCCAGAUUUUUACUGCUUUAAGUCUUCGUGGAUUAAUUUUUCAUUUGCACAGCUCAAAGCUGCCACUAACGACUUCAGUGAUGAUUUGUUGAUCGGGAAGGGAGGUUAUGCUGAGGUUUACAAAGGAAAAAUGGAAGAUGGGACAUAUGUUGCAAUCAAACGGCUGACAAGAGGAAGCCAAGAAGAAAUGACAGCUGAUUUCUUGUCUGAACUUGGUAUUAUAGUACAUGUUGAUCAUCCCAAUAUUGCCAGAUUGAUUGGUUAUGGUGUGGAAGGGGGGAUGUUUCUUGUUCUUCAGUUAUCUCCACAUGGCAGCCUCGCAGGCAUACUUUAUGGACCUCGAGAGAAACUGGAUUGGAACAUCAGAUUUAAGGUUGCUCUAGGGACUGCUGAGGGCCUUCAAUAUCUGCAUGAGGGAUGUCAAAGAAGGAUCAUUCACAGAGAUAUCAAAGCUGCUAAUAUUCUGCUGUCAGAGGAUUUUGAGCCUCAGGUAUCUGAUUUUGGGCUUGCAAAGUGGUUGCCUGAUCAAUGGACUCACCAUACUGUGGACAAAAUUGAAGGCACAUUCGGUUACCUUCCUCCUGAAUUCUUCAUGCAUGGAGUAGUAGAUGAAAAGACCGAUGUCUAUGCUUAUGGAGUGCUAUUAUUGGAGCUCAUUACAGGAAGACAGGCUUUGGAUAGCUCUCAGAAAAGUCUGGUGAUGUGGGCAAAACCUUUGCUAUCUGUAGAUAAAAUCAAAGAGCUCGCAGAUCCAUGUCUAAGUGAUGCUUAUGAUGAAGAACAGAUGAAAAUUCUUGUAAUAACAGCUUCCUUGUGCAUAGAGCAUUGUUCAGUUGAGCGACCACAAAUGAGCCAGGCAAGUUCUAUAUGUCAAACAUUUUGAUGCAGGCGAGAUGAUGAUCUGAUUUAGAUGAAUACACAGGUGUUAAAGACUCUAAAAGGAGAUGAAGAGGGCUUGAAGUUCAUAAUGGAACGCCAGAAGUCAAAACUAAGAAGGACCUAUUCUGUAGAGCUGCUAGACGCAGAGGAUUAUAAUUCAACCAAGUAUUUGAAUGACAUGAAUCGAGAGACAAGUCCCGACGCUUCUGAUUCUUUGAAAGAAGAGAAGUAAAAAUAUGGCCUUUUGAUUCAUAUAACUUGCCUCCGUCUUUAUAUGGAAGUAAGUGGUUGAUUUGUCUGAUUCCAUGGUGGAGCUGAUUCCCAGGCGGCUUGAACAAACGAGUAAAGACAGAACGCCAAUGGCUUCUAUCCGCUGCCCUCCUCCACCCAAAACCAUGUCGUUUUGGGUGGAAAAUAAGAGAGCUUGAAUUUUUUUAAAAAAAUAAGAUUCAGUAUUUUG